AUGGCCAGUAAAAAUAAUGUGACCGAGUUAAUUUUAACCGGCCUUUUCCAGGACCCGGAGGUGCAGAAGAUGUGCUUUGUGCUGUUUCUUCCCGUGUACCUGGCCACCGUGGUGGGCAACGGCCUCAUUGUUCUGACGGUUUCCCUUAGUAAGAGUCUGCGGUCCCCCAUGUACUUCUUCCUCAGCUACCUGUCCCUGGUGGAGAUCAGUUACUCCUCUACAAUUGUCCCGAAAUUCAUCACAGAUUUACUUGCCAAGAUCAAAACCAUCUCCAUGAAUGGCUGUCUAGCUCAAAUAUUCUUCUUCCACUUCUUUGGCGUCACUGAGAUUCUUCUGCUUGUCGUGAUGGCCUAUGACCGCUACGUGGCCAUCUGCAAGCCUCUUCAUUAUAUGAACAUCAUGAGCAGUCAGCUGUGUCACGUCAUGGUGGCUGGUUCCUGGAUGGGGGGCUUCCUUCACUCCAUAAUUCAGAUCCUCAUCACCGUCCAGCUGCCUUUCUGUGGGCCUAAUGUGGUUGAUCACUACUUCUGUGACCUCCUGCCAUUAUUCAAGCUGGCCUGCGCGGAUACCUCCGUGGAGGGCAUCAGCGUGAUGGCCAAUAGUGGACUGAUUGCUCUGUGCUCCUUCCUCAUCUUGCUGACCUCCUACGUUGUCAUCUUGGUCAACUUGCGGAACCACUCGGCCGAGGGAAGGCGCAAAGCCCUCUCCACCUGCGCCUCUCACGUCACCGUGGUCCUCUUGUUCUUUGGACCUGCCAUCUUCCUCUACAUGCGGCCCUCCUCCACCUUCACUGAGGACAAGCUGGUGGCUGUGUUCUACACGGUCAUCACCCCCAUGCUGAACCCCAUCAUCUACACACUCAGAAAUAAAGAGGUGAAAAUUGCCAUGAGGAAAUUGUGGGGCAAAAAAGACACAUGA